AUGACUUAUCUAAUGGACUACUCUGGCCAUCGAUUAAGAAAUCAGAUGGGAACAUAUUACAUGAACUUACGGGAAUAUUCUAUCGAUAUUCAAUAUACUGUUCCUUAUUACGAUAUAACCUUAGGAUCCGGAUUAUUUUUUACGAUGUCCAUAGCUUGCUACGACUCCAAUGAAUUGAUAGGAGUAGUUGCAAGUGAUGUAUCACUCAUCGAAUUAUUCCAAAGACUUCCCUACUUUCGCUAUGGGAAAUAUUCAUAUGCUUUCCUAAUCGAUAAGCAAGGUCGACUAUUGAUACAUCCUAAACAAGCCUAUGCAACGAAAACCAAUCCUAUGCCUAGUAUUUUGCAAUUGGAAACGAUGGAACCAGAAUUUAUUCAAGUAGCUGGGAUCAAUACGAUUUUAGAUGGAGAAGGAGGAGAAAUUUCAGUAUUUGCACCCCUUUAUCUUGCAAAUGGUAAAGAUCCGGCUGAUGGUAGCCAAGUAUUAUUUAAGAAUCUUACCUAUGUCUGGCGCCCAAUACCAAAGUCCCCAUUUAUUGUUGUGGGCGUAUUUCCAAUAGAAGAUUACGUUCAAAAUAAAGCCCAAAACGUGUAUUGGCAGUCAUUUGAUGAGCCAGCUAAUUAUCACAAUUUGGAUAAUGAAUCCAUUGCUAAUGGAAUCAAUAUUUGCCUGCUAAACACGAUAGCACUCUCUCCUAAUAAUUCAACCGUUAAGCUGGCUCCUGGUAGUUUCGUGCUCCCACUAAGCUAUAUCGUCUAUGGUGAAACAGAAAGGCUGAAAUUAAAUAUUCAACAAUAUUUGAAUAGCAAUGCAACUAACAAUACCAAUACAAUCAUCAAUUCAGAUGUUAAGCCAGAUGUUAUUACUACUGCCCAUAUCAUUCCAACAUGGCUGAAAAAUAAAAAGUAUAGUGAGGAAAAUGGAGUUAUAUUUAGAUAUAUGGCAACUGAAAGUGGAGUAUUCCGUAUAUUUCCUGGUGUAGAAGCGAAUAUGGAAUAUGAUCCGAGGCUUGAUAGUUGGUAUCACAGAUCAUUAAAGAGCUACUCCAAGAUUACUGUAUCAUCACCGUUUAGCGAAAAUGAUAAAGCUUGGAAUGGUUAUGUUACUGUUAGUAAAACUAUCUAUCAAGGAAGAAAAGAUCAUUACCAUCCUGGCAAAGGUGAAGUACCUGUUGGUGUUGCUGGCAUGGAUGUAACUUUUGGCCACUUUCGUAAUGUGUUAAUAACUGGGGCUCCACAAUGUGUUCUUUCCGAUAACGAUUGCUAUAUUUUGGAUAAAUUAGGGUAUAUUAUUGCUGACUUUAAUAACAAAGCUGCGCAAAAGAAGGAACAUAUUAGUCAAAAAUUUCCUUGGCUCACCGCUUAUUUAGUUAGCAAAUCUUCAGUUCUUGAGGGAACCUACUGCCGAGACUUUGAGCAUGAUAAAGCACAUUUAUUCUAUUCGCUGAAAAACUUCACCAUAAUCAAUCCUGAUGUCAGCAAUCCAUGUUAUAGUUUUGCUUUAGCAUCAGUUCCUUACGGAGAUUUCUACCUAUUGGUUAGACCACAAUCGGCACGAUCAUGUAAUUUUAAUAGCCCACCUCCAGAAUUUGAGAGUACUUGUAGCUGUAAUAGUAAUAAGACGUGCUCUAACUGCAACGGAAUAACUUCGAUAUGUCAGUGCCCUUGUUCUUGCCCGCUUGGGCAUGAUCCUUGUACUCUUAAGACGACUAGCAAUGCAUCCGUUGUCUGUCCAAUUUAUUUGCCCUAUAAAAAUGCAACCUAUAAUACUGCUACUCGAUUAAUUAAUACCGCUAACCAAUGCGAUAGGGCAUGCGAAAUAGCAGCUAAUGAAGAGCUCUGCUUGAUUAAAUCAUCGUGUAAAUGGUGUGGAAAUCAGAAAGUGCCAGCUUGUUCUACAUUUUGUUUAACUAAUACAAGUUCUAGCGGAUCAUUUUGUAUUUUUGGUGAGAAUCCUCUAUUACUAGAUGCUUUCGAAAGAGAUAAGCUUAGAACAUCAGUUGUCCAAAGUCUUAAUGCAUUCAUUGGUAAUAUCAAUCCAAAAUUGAUAUGGAACAUUCGAUUUACUACCGCUGGCCAAGUUUUCUAUACUAUUUUGGGCUCCGAUGUGACACCAAAUCCAGGAUAUUUAACUAGCAAUAUCUCCCAAGCAAUUAACAACAGCCAAGUUUAUAUCAAUUAUUAUAAUAGGAAAUUGGCACAUAUGGAAAAUAUUUGCACAACAGGCCACUUGAAAAUAAAUAUUACAUUUAAGCCACAAGAUUUCUCUGAAUACAACCAAGAUACCGUCAAGAUUGAAUUUCUUAGAUUUAUCGAGGCUAUAACGAGAACAACAUUUCAAUCAAGAAUUUUGCAACGUCGAUUGGAAAGCUAUUUACGCGGAUCAGAAAAAGCAUCUUCUUUCAUGUUAGCUGUCAUUAAAUCUAAAAGUAAAGACCAAAUCGAGGCAGAAGUAAAAUCGCUUCAACAAGCUAUCCGCAAUGGGAUAUCCAUAGAUCUACUUACUUUGCACAAGUCCUUAAAAAUUCAUCGACUUUAUAUCAAUGGCAAUCUAACUGAAACUUUCGUCCCAACGAUUAACGUGACAUUCCAAAUGUCCCGAAAUAUGUCAAACUUUUCUAUGCCAGAAAGGGCUGAAAUUUCAAAUCAAGUUAUUCCACUCCUGAGUGAAUUAUUUAACGCAUCAGUUGCUUCCAAUGUGAAGAAUCUACGAAUAGUAGAUGAGGGUGUUACAUUUACCUUGGUUGGCGGUAUCAUCAAUGAUCUCUAUUCAUUCAGAGAUGAAGAGAUACGAUUAGAAGAAGCCACUAAAACUGGUCAGAUAGUCCUGAAUACAACUGACGAAGCUGGAAUUAUUGCACAAAAGUUAUAUAUAAAUGAUGGCUUUCGAGUCAAGUUGAUAGUACCCUCCAUGCUAUUGAAUCUAACCUUCUCCCAUAUGAAUAUGGACAGCAAUGACUCAAGAUUGUUUUCUGAAAGAGUCAUAGUCAGUUUAGAAGAUAUAUUACAAACCAGUCUUAAAAAUAGGCUAAAGGAUAUUAGCAUGGUUAAGAGCCAUUUUGGCUGCCAGUUAGCGGGUCAACUGAUUCAAAAAUGGUAUCCUAUAUCGCAAGAAAUUGAAAAAAUUAGAGCUUCAGUUAACAGAGGAUUAUAUAUUCAAAAAUUGGAUAAUCAUUACGCUUAUGUUGUUCGAUUGUUUCAAGAAUUCAGGGUUAUCGCUGAAUAUUCACCAUUUCAACCUUUGUCCCUACAUUUCCCUCGAAUAUAUUUUGGUAACUUUCAAGAAACACGAAUGAACGCCAUCUCCAAGAAAUUAUUAUCUAUUGUUCAAAAGAUCUAUAAUGGUGAUAGCAUUAACUUUGUUCAGGAUGUUAUAUAUUCCUUGGAUAAAAUAAAAUUUCAUCUACUCCGUGAAGUCUGGAAUGAAGGAAGCAUCAAAAUUUACGAUUUAAGUUUCUUAUCAAAUGGGGUUGCAGACGGAAAAUUUACUCAUUUAAUCGAUGAUAUACCACGAUUAAAUGCUCUCUAUUCUGAUAACCUUAUGCAAUCGCAAUACAUUCCUAGAAUACCUAUGAUCAUGCAAUUCCCAAGUUAUAUUACCAAAUCUCUCGAUAUAUAUGAGAGUAAAGAAAUGGAAACUGAUAUUAUUACACAAAUGAAUAAGAUUUUAUCCGAUAAUAUGAUCAACCGAAUUUUAAAAUCAAAUCUUACGGCUGAUGGUAGAUUUGAUUUUAUAUUGCGAGGUACAGGUAGCGCGAAUUUACCAAGUCUACAGCAAGAGACGAAUACUUUAGCUCAGAGUAUUAAGAAGAAAUUGCUUAUACAAUUACCACAGAAUAAAACAGUUCCAGUAUACCGAUAUUAUUCCAACAGAGUACUGAAAGCAGAAUAUCUGAAUAGCAUUGGAUUUUCGUUUACCUUCACUUGUCAGAAUUUGAAUGGUAUCAAUCUUACAGAUAUCAGUGCAAUCCAACUGGCAAUUGAUAAAAAGUUAGACCACGUUCUCGACAAUGGUGGAACCGUUAAACCAAAUAGCACCAUCAUGUGGCAGAAUCAAAUCAUAUUUAAUGUAUAUGAAAAUGUACACUUUCGAAAUUGGUCGGAUAUUGCAAAACAAGAUUUAAUUUAUGGUGUCAAAAGCAAAUUAGAAAUUGAUCUGCCUUCAAAUAAUUGUACUAUUAUUGCCACAAAGCUUUACUCACAAGCUGAGUUACUGGCAAUCUAUGUUCCAAGUACCCCAAUCACUUUUGCCUUAGCACUCAAAGUGCCAGUUAUGUGGAGUAAUGAAAUUCUUUUCAACAGCAUAAAGCAAGCAAUGAAGACACAUACAGGAAGAGGAUUAGAGAACAAAUUGGCCAAAUUCUCAUUAUCGGGGAGAAACGCUACGUUCUAUGUCAAUGGAUUGCAUUACUACAAUCAGUCAUUUAUGGAUACCGAUGUUGAAGCUAUUAGUCUAAGUGUAGAAAACAAGCUUACCCUCCAAUUAUCCAAUAAUUCGAUGACAUAUGUAACUGAAAUGAUACAGAAUGGCACAGUCCAAGCAAGUUAUAUGAAAAAGUCCGUUAUGGUGCUAACACUACCGCCAAUCUACUUAAGCUCACUCAGUACCGGAGAUAAAAGUAUCGUUAGCCAACGUUUAAUGGAAAGUCUUCAACAAACAAUUGGAAUAAAUACGAAGCAACGCAUGAUUGGUGGUGUUACCAUCUAUAAUAGUAAUAUCACCUUCAUGUUGAUGGCAGAUAUAGAAAACGAUGCUGAAAAUAAGAAAGCUAUAGAAGAUAUUAAAAAAUUAGUUAUCGUAGGAUUUACGAUUUAUUUACCAAAAUCAAACGCGCUUGUCCGCAAGUUUUACUCUGAUGAUAUAUUUCAAGCAGAGCACGUGCCAAGGUCUUUGAUACGAUUUGAGUUGCCAGCUGCUAAUUUAUUAGAUUAUAGCCAACUACAGCAGAAUUCUAUCAAGCACUCGAUUCUGCUCGAGCUGCAAGAACGUUUCCUUACUAAUAGCAGUGCCAAAUUUACAAAUGUCACUUUACUCAAUAACGGAAUCACCUUUGCAUUGUAUGAGGAUAUAGAUGUUGAAAAAUCACUCUUUGAAGAAGUUAGCUAUAUCGGGAAAACAGUGCAGCAGGGUUUUUAUUUAACCUAUCUCGAAUCGAAGAAAAUUGUUCGUAGGAUGUUUGUUGAUAAAGCAUUCUGGUCUGAAUAUCUACCGAGCGAGUUGGUUUUGUUAGAAUUCCUGGGUGUCGCUUUUGAUAAUAUGACAGCAAGUGAACUAAAUCAAGUAAAAACAACACUUUUUGAGAAAGUUAACCAAACUAUUGGUCUAUCGGCAAUCCAUCGUAUAACUGAAACCGCUAUUACUGACAAUACAAUUUCCUUCACCCUGACUGAACAUCCGUUUAAUGGUGAUUCUAAUGUACCUGAAACACUCCAUAGUGAUAUCGCAAAACUAAAUGUCAAAGUCAAGAGCGGAUGGUAUUGGCAACUUCCAGUCUAUCAAAUGACACCAAUAUCUGGCAUCUACAUUAAUGGAAAUCUUACCGAAGAAUAUAUACCACCCACAACAGAAUCACCUCUAUUCCAAACAGCAUUUCCAGAUAAUACAACAGCAAACAACCAGAGCAGCCUCAAUAAUCAUGUUGUUAUUACAUUUAGCUCGCUUCAAAUGAAUCCUAUAUUAAUAGUAGUCAUAUCGGUUAUGGUUUUCAUUAUACUUGGAGUUGGAGCAACUGCAGUUGUCAUCAUGAAAAGGCGAGAAGAAACGAAAUAUCGAUUGUUGCGGUCCAGUGCUGAUGUAGCCAUUUCUGCUGAUGAUAAUGACGAUUAUGUCACACCUAUCGAAGUAAAGCGGCAAAUAUUAGAAAGUGCUAGAAAAUUGCCUCCGCCUCCAACUGAAGUCUCUAACAGUAGUUAUUCAGCACCAUAUUAA